GUUUUGGCUAUCGCAGGCUGCCGUCGGUUCCGACAUAUUAGUUGAACACCGCAAGUUCUGGAAGGGGCGAAGUUCAGAGAAGAAUUCGUUUGUAUUGCCCUUAAAUACCAUACUGGACGCCAAGUUAGAUAGCAAUGGAGACCGCAGCAAGCCCAGCUAAAGAUUACUACAGAAUGAAUCGUUACAAAAACAAGGCUUUGAAUCCUGAAGAAAUGAGGCGCAGGAGGGAAGAGGAAGGAAUUCAGCUGCGGAAACAGAAACGUGAGCAGCAGUUAUUCAAGAGGCGAAAUGUAGAAAUGAUAAAUGAUGUUGGUGCCAUGUUGGACCGCCCCUUGAUGGAUUCAUUUGUUAGUUCAACCACAUGUGGGGAGGGUGUAAUCACAAGAGAAAUGGUAGAAAUGCUUUUUUCAGAAGACCCUGAACAGCAGCUAGCAACUACCCAGAAGUUCAGAAAAUUGUUGUCAAAAGAGCCUAAUCCACCAAUUGAUGAGGUCAUCAAUACACCAGGUGUAGUGGAUAGGUUUGUAGAAUUCCUAAAGAAAAGUGGAAACUGCACAUUGCAGUUUGAAGCAGCAUGGGCAUUGACAAAUAUUGCAUCAGGAACAUCGCAGCAAACAAAAAUUGUUAUUGAAGCAGGAGCAGUACCAGUUUUUAUAGAGCUGCUCAAUUCUGAUUUUGAGGAUGUACAGGAGCAGGCAGUUUGGGCCUUGGGGAACAUAGCAGGAGACAGUGCAAUGUGCAGAGACUAUGUUCUUGGCUGUAACAUACUUCCACCGCUCCUGUUGUUAUUGACCAAGUCCACUAGGCUAACAAUGACUAGAAAUGCUGUUUGGGCUUUGUCAAAUCUUUGUCGUGGGAAAAGUCCACCCCCUGAUUUUGAAAAGGUGUCCCCUUGCUUGCCAGUCCUGUCUCGCCUUCUUUUCAGUAGUGACCCAGACCUUCUGGCAGAUGCCUGUUGGGCGCUUUCAUAUUUGUCAGAUGGUCCAAAUGAGAAAAUACAGGCUGUGAUUGAUUCUGGAGUUUGUAGAAGAUUAGUAGAGCUUUUGAUGCACACUGAUUACAAGGUGGCAUCACCAGCACUGAGGGCAGUAGGAAAUAUUGUUACUGGAGAUGACAUACAAACUCAGGUUGUCCUGAAUUGCUCUGCUCUUCCGUGUCUCCUGCACUUGCUAAGCAGUCCAAAGGAAUCCAUUCGUAAGGAAGCUUGUUGGACCAUCUCCAAUAUUACAGCUGGAAACAGAUCACAAAUCCAGGCUGUUAUAGAUGCAAACAUUUUCCCUGUACUAAUAGAUAUCUUACAAAAAGCUGAGUUCCGAACAAGAAAAGAAGCUGCCUGGGCCAUCACGAAUGCUACAUCAGGAGGAACACCUGAUCAAAUUAGAUACCUUGUGAAUUUAGGUUGCAUCAAACCUCUAUGUGACCUUCUGACAGUUAUGGAUUCCAAGAUUGUUCAGGUUGCACUGAAUGGUUUGGAAAAUAUUCUGAGACUUGGGGAGCAGGAAGCAAAACAAAAUGGAAGUGGCCUGAACCCCUACUGUAGCCUCAUUGAAGAGGCCUAUGGGCUAGAUAAAAUUGAGUUUCUUCAGAGCCAUGAAAACCAAGAAAUAUACCAGAAAGCCUUUGACCUGAUAGAGCAUUAUUUUGGAGUGGAAGAAGAAGAUGCAAGUAUAGCACCACAAGUAGAUGAGAACCAGCAGCAAUUUCUUUUCCCUCAGCAAGAGGCUCCCAUGGAGGGUUUUCAACUGUAACAUUAACCCAAUAAAUAUAAGAAUAAACUCAUUAACUGUAAUAUCACACAAACAAAGCCAUGCAAUUUAUCGUAAACUGUCCACUAGUAAUUAGCUAGUGGGCUGGCCCCUUCUCUAAAGUUAGAAAUAAAAAGUCUUCAUAAAGCACUGUUGUCUUGCAUUUUCGGGACAGCUGAGAGAAAACCAUUUAAAACUGUUCGCUCAUUAAAGCUUUUCGGGAUGUAAGAGUAUGGAUACUUCUUUUGCACAUUCAUCAGUAGAAUCCAGUCUGUUUGAUUCUGUUUUUGGAGGUUUUUUUGUAAAUUUUUCAGUUUCAUAUAUUAGAAUAUGUUAAAGAUGAAAAGACAAUGAGUUUCAAAAAAUGGUUAUGCAUACAAAUGUCAAAUACGUGAGGCAGCAAAGAAAAGUGGCAAGUCGACUAAUACGUGGUCUUCAGAAUCUAAUACUAAUUAUUUUUUUCUAUUUCAUUUAGCAGACCAUUUACAAAAUAAUAAAGAAUGCUUAGUUCAAAUGUACAUCUUUAUAUACUUAGCUGAGCUGGGAGGACAAGGACACCUAAGUAAUACAAGAAUUUUUUUUUCCAUUUUAAAUCAAAAAUCAUUUUUUAUAAAGAACCUAUUACUUUUUUUUCUCCUUGGGCUACUAUUCCAAACAUGUCAGACACAGAGAUAUUAUAAAUUUACAAUUUUUUAAGCAUGCUUGAGAAGAGUUUAAAAUUUUAUACAUUUCAGAGUAACUGCCACGAGCUAAUAGUUAUAUGUUGUGUGCAUUAUGUGCUGUGUUAAUAAAAAAUUAAAAUACAAGCCGCACUUACAGCAUUAAACAAUUCACCUUUAUGAUACAAAAUCUGUUUUUUAACUUUAGGCACAUAAAUGCUACACCAUCUAUUUAAAAUAUGUAGUGUAAUGCUGAGGUGUGCAAUCCUGUAAAUAUAGUGCAACACACCUUUGUACAUUAUUAAUUUAUUCCGAAAUCUUAUAUUGCUUCCCUUGCCAGAUCUUUAGUUACCAGGUAGAUGCAUGUUUAAUAACGUAAAUAGUAUUUGUAAAUAAGAGCGACUUUUAUGUAACAUUUUCAUAUUUAAAAUCAUGUAGAAUGCAAGACCAGUCUUAAUGUUCUGUGUAUUUUUAGUCCCUGCAAGUCCCAUAUGGAGCAAAAUUUAUAGAUUUAGAAUCUUAACUUUCCAUAAUUUGUUGUGCAUUUAUAUGUAUACAACUUGUUUCGAUUUCUAUUUUAUCUUCUACAGUUUUAGAUAUGGCAAUGGAAGCUUUUAAAUAUUUCUAAAAUACUAAUGACAUUGACAAGGGACAAAUUAGAGGAUUUGUAAAACUUAAUAAAAAUAUCAUUACAAAAUUUUGCACACACCAAUGCAUAUACACAUAUAAUAUUGAAAAAUUAUUAUUACACCAUUAGAUAAAAAAUAUUUUGCGGUACAAAUUAGAUCCUCCGUUAUUAUUUUGUAGGGUUUUUCUGUUUUUGACAGUCUUUUUUGUUUUUGAAAGUGUAAGUACACCUGAGAGAAGCAGGUUGUUUGUUUUAAUUCCCUUAUCAAAAAGUGUGAAAUCAAUGCUCACCGUCUAAACUAAACUGAACAUUUUCCUUCCUAAAAGCAUCUUUAAGUUGAGUAACAUUAAGUUACUUGAAAAAGCUGUAUUGAAAGAAUUUCUCUUUAAAUCUGCCUGCUUUAAUUAAUUAUCUGUUAAGGGCAGAGAGAUCACAGAACUGGUAUGACAAUCAGUGACUGGAGUUAAGUGUGAUGGACAAUUAAAUAACUAUUCAGCUUAUUUUUAACUAAAUAUUCCAGAAUUGUUAAUUCGACUGGUAACAGUAGUAAUGUUUGAAGAAAGGUAAUUUUUUUGGCUUAACUCUCUGUUUGAACACAACAAAUAACAAGCAUUAUUUGUAUAUGCAAUCUUGUGUGUGAAGAAAAUUUUAUUAGUUUGCAUUCUUUAAGAUCUGUGCUUUUUACCUCUGGAUAGAUAAUCCCAAAUGGAGAAACACUUUUCAGGUUUUGUAUGACAGGAAGACGUUUCACCUUUAAAUCACAUUAUCUCUUCUCCCCCGUGUUUAGAUUAAAGAUUAGGUGUCACAGAAUUCUAUUUUGUAGUCUGAUUCUGAAUUUUGUCUUAAAAAAAGUUAGUAUAAGUAAUGAACAGAUAGUUGCAUGAUUAGAUCCAACGUGGCCAGUAAAUUGUUUCAGAGUUUAUUGCAGUCUAUGGAGGUGUACAUGCCUGCUGCUCCAGAUCAGGAUUUAAUUCAGUUUAAGGAGAUCAUGCUCCUAAUCAUCUUCAGAGUCUACUUUCCACUUUUAAAGUUAGUAUCAUCAUUUACUUUUAAGGCUGGUAUCAAAGAAGAACAAUUUAAACACUGUUUAUUUCCAUUGUAAGUUUCAUUUGAAUUAUCUUGCUCUUCUUGGAUCUUUCUUGUUUUACUUGUAAAAUUUUGGUGGCAGCAGCCAUGUUUUAAUGCAGUUAAACGUUUCAACUUUGAAGAGCUAUACUAUUAGAUGAUGUGUGUUAUUUUGUUUGGUCUGUCAUACAGAUAAAAUACUCCUGAAUUUAUGAAAAGGUAAUUUACCUUUUUUGCCUUUGUUCACUUAAUGUACACACAUGCACACAUGAUGUACUUCCUAGAUAAAAAGUUCUGUAACUCCUGCCUAACAAAUAUGUAUAAAAAGUGGUUCAGCUCAUAUACUACAGUCAUUUAAGUCAAUCUAGUCUUGGUGUUAAUUUCCAUUAUUAUGUGAAUCAUUUGGUCCAUUAAGGCAAAAGAGCAAAUUCCCUGCCUGAAAACUAUAGGAGUACAAAAGAGCAUAUUUAGGAGUACAAAAGAGCAUAUUGUGACUUUAGUAAUGACCAUUGUGUCUGCACAUAUGUAACAGCAUGUCAAAAUUAGUUCAGAGUUCUUUCAUCUCUUUAGGAAAGAGACGUGAUACCAACUAGUAACUGUGGGUGUUGGUUUUUGAUGGUGUUGAACAAAAAGAUUGAUUUAUUAUAAUUAUUGUUGAAAGCAUCUGUAUGAUAGUUUUUUAUUUAAUACAUUUUUUUCAUAUCUCCUGUGCAGCUGUCAAAAAAAAAAUUCGUCCUCAAGCCAGAACUAUUAAGAAUCAUUUCACAAUACUUUAAUUUGGUUUUAAAAUUUGUUUUUGGGCAUCUAAGUCUAAUAUCUGUAAAACUAUGCAAAAUGACUCAUGACAUGCAAUGGAGGGUGCUUAAUAAAUUAUUUUGAAAGAUUUGUCCUCAGAGAACAUUCUGCACUGUACAGGAGUUUAAUGAAAAAUAAGCCAAUUUCAUAAAAGGAAAAUUAAAAUAUUUUUUGAAGUUAAGGGGAAUAAUUACUUACCUUGUUUGUUUCUUGUUUGCAGCAUUGUUUUCCAACUGUGUCUGUGUUUUUAUUUAUUUAUUUUUUUUUUAUAAACAUUCAUGUUCUUUAUGUAAAGUGCAAUGCACUCUUUUUUUCACACAAGUGCCAAUAUUACUGUUAUUCUUCAAAGGUAAAUAUUCUCAUUUUAUUAUUCAUCAAAUGAUUUUGUUUACUUGAGAAAAAGCACUGAUUUGUGCAGAUAUUGCUGCUUUAUUUUUCUUCCUUCACUCAGAUAAAUUUCCUUCUUUUGAAUGUGAUUUCCUUUACUACUUUUGCACUAAAUUCCUAUAUUGGUUCAGAGUAGAGGAAAUAUUUAUCAAAGUUAAAACAUUGUAAUUAAAUUAAACUCUCCAUAUCUAUAACAA